GAAAUGACAUUUCCUCUUUAAAUAGCUGGAGCCGGGGCCCCACAGAGACAUGGCCGCGUCGGCAGAUUUAAGUAAGUCUUCCCCUACACCGAAUGGGAUUCCGUCUUCAGACACAGCCAACGAUGCCAUGGACCCCUUACAUGCUUGCAGUAUUCUUAAGCAACUCAAAACAAUGUACGAUGAAGGACAGUUGACAGACAUUGUAGUGGAAGUGGAUCACGGGAAAACAUUUUCCUGUCAUAGAAACGUUCUUGCUGCAAUCAGCCCUUACUUCAGAUCCAUGUUCACUAGCGGCCUUACAGAAAGUACUCAAAAAGAAGUUCGAAUAGUCGGUGUUGAAGCUGAAUCAAUGGAUUUAGUAUUGAACUAUGCCUACACCUCCAGAAUUAUUUUGACAGAGGCCAAUGUUCAAGCCUUGUUCACUGCAGCUAGCAUCUUCCAGAUUCCUUCCAUCCAAGACCAAUGUGCUAAGUAUAUGAUCAGUCAUUUGGACCCACAGAAUUCUACUGGAGUCUUUAUCUUUGCUGAUCAUUAUGGUCAUCAGGAACUUGGAGACCGAGCAAAGGAAUACAUUCGUAAAAAGUUUCUGUGUGUCACCAAAGAACAAGAGUUUCUCCAGUUGACAAAAGACCAACUGAUUAGUAUACUAGACAGUGAUGAUUUAAAUGUAGACCGAGAAGAGCACGUUUAUGAAAGCAUUAUAAGGUGGUUUGAACAUGAACAGAAUGAAAGAGAAGUGCACCUUCCAGAAAUUUUUGCCAAAUGCAUACGUUUUCCUCUGAUGGAAGAUACCUUUAUAGAGAAAAUUCCACCCCAGUUUGCACAGGCUAUAGCCAAAUGCUAUGUAGAAAAGGGACCAUCCAACACCAAUGGCUGUACCCAGAGACUUGGAAUGACUGCUUCUGAAAUGAUCAUAUGUUUUGAUGCUGCCCACAAACACUCAGGAAAGAAGCAAACAGUGCCUUGUCUAGAUAUUGUCACAGGAAGAGUGUUUAAACUAUGCAAACCACCAAAUGACUUGAGAGAAGUUGGGAUUCUUGUAUCACCAGAUAAUGACAUUUACAUUGCAGGAGGAUAUAGGCCAAGCAGCAGUGAGGUCUCCAUCGACCACAAGGCAGAAAAUGAUUUUUGGAUGUAUGAUCAUUCCACUAACAGAUGGUUACCCAAACCGUCUUUGCUUCGAGCCAGAAUAGGCUGCAAACUAGUAUAUUGCUGUGGUAAAAUGUAUGCAAUUGGAGGUCGUGUUUAUGAAGGUGAUGGAAGAAACUCACUAAAAUCUGUGGAGUGCUAUGACAGUAGAGAGAAUUGUUGGACGACUGUUUGUGCAAUGCCAGUAGCAAUGGAAUUUCAUAAUGCUGUGGAGUACAAAGAAAAGAUCUAUGUUUUACAGGGAGAAUUUUUCCUCUUCUAUGAGCCUCAAAAAGACUACUGGGGUUUUUUAACCCCCAUGACUGUGCCUAGAAUCCAAGGCUUAGCAGCUGUAUACAAGGACUCAAUCUACUACAUAGCUGGAACCUGUGGAAAUCAUCAGCGGAUGUUUACUGUAGAAGCCUAUGAUAUUGAGCUAAAUAAAUGGACUCGUAAAAAGGAUUUUCCAUGUGAACAGUCCAUAAACCCAUACCUUAAACUGGUACUUUUCCAGAAUAAACUCCAUUUAUUUGUUCGAGCUACUCAAGUUACUGUUGAAGAACAUGUCUUCAGAACCAGCAGGAAAAAUUCCCUUUACCAAUAUGAUGACAUUGCUGACCAAUGGAUGAAAGUGUAUGAGACCCCAGAUCGGCUCUGGGACCUUGGCCGGCAUUUUGAAUGUGCUGUAGCUAAACUCUAUCCUCAGUGUCUUCAGAAAGUCCUCUAACAAGUUUUUGUGUAUCACUGGUGUCUCACACUUAGGAAACUUGUUUCAUGAUACUAAGGAGUGUUGUCAGUAUUUUAAAAAGCUGAGAGAGUUUUGUACAAAGAAAUGGGUGCUCUUAAAGGUUACAGUGUAGGAAAGAAUUUGCUUUCAUCCUUGUGAUGUUUCAUAUCAUUUCACUAAGAAAGGGCAAACAAAGUGCAAUUAUGAGCGUUUUUUUUUUUUUUCUGGCAUAAAAGUAAUCACACCAUUCUAGAUUUUUGUGAUAAAUAGUCAUUGAGACACUAGAUGAAUCAAGAUGACUGUGUACUCUUAGAAGAGCGGUUAGAAUAUUAUUGGGUAGAGACAUUUAAACUAGUUUGAUGUGACUUUUUAUUUUAAAUACGGGUAAUAAUCUGAGGCAAUAUCACUAGGAUUUUACUUUAGCUAUGACCUCUAACACACAGAAGCACUAACUUAGAUCCUCAUUCUUAAUAUUUAUAUAUAUAUAUAUAUUUUGUGUGUGUGUACUGUUUUCAACUGUACUGAAUUUUAAAUGUGUUCUGUUAUUAGAGUAGAUUGAAGGAGAAACAAAUUAGUCUCAGAAAGAGCUUUUAGUCUUUCAGAUUUCCCAUGUAACUUUAAGUUAAGCUAAAGUGUUGAAGUGGCAGUUUUCUGUUGAUCACUUUUUCAAGUGCUAACACUGUCUCAUUUUUUAAAAUCUGGAAAAGUGCUCAAAUCCAUAGGUGGCUGGUGCUAGUUUAAGCUAAUUUAUGUGAAUAGAGAGAUUUAAGUGGUCUGAGCCAAUGACUGUCUUUCAAACUGGUAUGUGAGAAUCAUGGCCAUACUAUUUUACUUGUUAAACUCAUAUGAUUCACAAGAUUUUCUCCUUAUGUGAUAGGAAGAUAUGGCCAGGUAUUGGUCUAGCUGGACUAAGUCUUAGAAUAGUAGGAACAUUAUACCCAGUUUGCACUAACAUGGGCCAUUUGUUGCCCCCUUCUUUUUCCACCUACCUGUCCAGUUAUUAUCGGUACAGCGGGAGGUUCUCUUCCGUGCAGAUCAUAAUGUGAACUUUUACACCUACGUUUAAAAUUCUGUUUUCCAGAAACACAGAACUUCUGCAGUGGUGUAAUUUUAUAGCGUCUAAGUUUCAUAUUACAAUUAAAACCUCUUUUUUUUUCAUUUUUGCACUUAAGAGGGAUGAAUACUCUUACAUUGAAAUCCUUGUUUUAGCUGAAGGGGAUUGAGAAGGAAAAGAGUGAAUGAGUAGAACCACAGCUUUAUAGGUACAAAAUCAUUUUUGGUAUUUAACUGGUGUAUUUCUAACAGGAAUAUUAACAUGAAGGCACCGCAAACUGAUUUGUACAUCUAAAGCAGAUAUUUAGAUCAGUAACUUAUUUUUACUAAGCCUGGAAUUAUUGGUAAAGGAUUUAAGUAUAGCCCAGAGUGUGUCCUCAAUCAGUACCAUUUUUUAUUAACUUAGAAGCAAACUGGCAUGGUUUGUAUUUUAAAAAUCUUGCACAAAUUGUAAUGUGAUACUGUGAAACAAAUUUAAAACAUUGCCUCUUUGCAUCACAUACCUCGUUUUUCAGAAGCUUUCCAUACUGCUUUACAUAGACUCUACAAGGAGGGAAAGUUUUCUGUAAAAGAAGUUAAAAUGGACAGCAUUUAUAGAAUUAAAAAUUUUAAAUGUAGUUAUAGAAAGCUAGAUAUGUGGUUUCUUCUUAUUGGCCUUUAUAAUAUAUCUGUAAUCUGUGUAUAAACUUUGUCAAGCAAUUAUUUUUCCCUUCCCAGUUUUUCUUCAUCUUUUACUGUUUUUCUUUAUCAAAAUGCUGUUUGGGGGUUAUUUCUGCAAUUUUUUUAAAGUCAUUCUUUACAAUUUUGCAUUGCUGAAGGAAGGAAAAAAACACAAGCAACCAAUGUAAUUUAUUUUUGAAAGCUUUGUUUAAUAAGAUAUCCUGUCUCUUUUGGACAAUCUUCUAUGUUUAGAAAAAUGUAUUACUUGAAAACAUGACAGAACUUUGGGUUAGCAAGUUACAUGUGCUCUAUGACAUAUAAGAGAACAACAUACUGUGGUUAAUUCUAUAGUAGAUUUAUUCUUUUGAUCUGCACAACAGUUGAUCCUUUUGCUAUAACCAUUUAUACUGAAGGUAUGAUCUUCUAAGUUUAGCGUGUCAAAACAAGGCUUAGGAUUUGUUAUAGUAGUAGAAUAUAUAUUGAAUUUUGUAUGAAGAUCUAUUUGUUUUUAAAUUCUAUAGCUGGGAUAUUUUACCACUUUUAAAUGGAAUCAGAAGAUGUCUUAGAAAACUAAGAUUAGUGAUAUGUGUGGGUUUAUGUUUAGAUAUUUAAGGUAUACUUUUGUAGUGUGACAAAAUGGUAAGUAAAAGGCACAGUGAGUACUACACAAUGAAAAUAUGGGUCUAACAUAUGCCAGUCCUACUUUAAUCUUGUUUUUGCAUCUGAAGAAUGUAUGUAGCACUUUCCUAUGUAUUUUUUUACACAUUGAAAACUGGACUUGGUAUAACUGUGUUAUAGGAAAGUAGAAAUUGUAUUAUUAUCUUCCAUCUUUUUAUGUUAUCCUACAAAGUUGAUGCUUAAGCAUCAAGGUGAUUUCAUUGGUCAGAGAAAAAGUGAAUGUGAUCUUCAAGGAAUCAGAUUUCUUAUGUAAAGCAGUUUAAGAUGGCAUUCAAUGUUCAGUGCUCAGGUAUGUAGUAAGUACUGUAGUCCUAUGGGGGCAAAUUAUAGAUUUUUUAAACAUUCUGCCAUAAUUGCACAGUUUUUUGCAUUUUUACCUGAUGUCAUUGUUUCUUAUAAUAAAACCUUUUCUGAUUGAAAA